UUCUAAUUCUUAUAAUUUAUAUGAUGAGGCAUCAUUACCAUUGCCAUUGCCAGAACCAAAUUUUCUAGAAUCAAUAAGUCAUUACGCUGGCUUUUAUUAUUCAAAAAAUAAUGAAAUACCAGGAAUCUAUGAACAAAUGGACGAGUCAGCUUUGUUGACAAUAGGAGAAAUACAGAGUCUUGCAUCAGCAAUGAUUGCAAACCUAAAUAAGAAACUAGUUGACAGAUCGUUGAUUGGGCAACGUUGUGAUUUCAGGAUUACUUGUGAUGGCUUUGAGGCAGUUAUUGGACUGCGAUCAGGAGGACUACCCAAAGCCUGUAGUUCAAAAAGAUGGAAUGAUAAAGUCGACCUCAUGGUUGCUAUGCGUGAUGUCUUGCUCCAGGAAGCAAUAGAAAACAAUGGUGUGGGAUGUUUUUACUACAACUUGUAUGCAUUGGAUUGGAAGGCAAGAGGACUGUGGCGGUUAGGCCUCUUGAAGAAGACAAAGUUGCCUCAAUCAAACAAUCAAUUAUUAAUGAUUGAAAAGUUAACAACAUUGCUGUUGCGAAUAGAGUCAACUUUAAACCACAUUGUGACUAUUCGGGAUGAGCUGGUAGUCAAGGCAUCACAGUUGCACCGAGAUCGAUGCAGCUUAGUUCAUUCCAAACCAUACACGUUUGCUGAGCAAGGACGUGUAAGACGUAAACGUAUUCAAAAAGAUAGUUAA